AUGGAGCGCCAGCCGAUCCAACGCCGCCUCGACAGAACCCCAGUGCUGCCGACGUUCGUCAGGAACCAGCUCGUGAUUCUGGGUGCCGUGUCGCAUGAGGCUAGAGACCGCUCAGAACCCCCAGUGGAAUCGACGCGACUUCUCUGCAUACAACCGUUCGCUCGUCGCAUCGCUCCCGUCAACCGCCGUGGGGAGCUUUCUCUCGCUCGGAGCCCAUUCUCCCACGACUGCAGCAAAGCUGAACGUUUCGACGUCGAUCCGCCCGGCAGGAUGAACGGAGCCAAUGGCCACUAUGGCCAGCCAGCUCCGUGGCAGGAGCACAAGACUGCCGAUGGUCGUUCUUACUACUACAAUCCCAUUACCAAGGUCACGCAAUGGACCAAGCCCGAGGAGAUGAUGUCUUCGGCUGAGCGAGCCCUCGCCAACCAGCCCUGGAAGGAAUACACCGCCGAGGGUGGGCGCAAGUACUGGUACAACACCGAGACGAAGCAGAGCUCUUGGGAGAUGCCCGAAGCCUACAAACGAGCCCUCGGUCAAGACAGUGGCCCACCGACUCCCGCUGCCGCUGUGCCCAGCGGAGGGUAUUCGACCCCCUCGUACGACCAACCGCGCGAACGCGAGGUCUUCCCCGAGUCUCGUCAACUGACCUGCGGCAACGACCCUCGCGUGCAGGCCUUUGUGCCCGCAAGCAGCGAGCCUGAAUAUGCAAAUGCCGAAGAGGCCGAGGCCGCUUUCAUGAAGCUGUUGCGUCGUAGCGGCGUACAGCCGGACUGGACUUGGGAACAGGCCAUGCGUGCUACCAUCAGGGACCCGCAGUACCGCGCCAUCAAAGACCCCAAAGAUCGAAAGGUUGCCUUUGAGCACUAUUGCGAGGACAUGAUCAUUCAGGACAAGGAGCGCGCGAAGGAGCGACUCGCCAAGCUGCGCGCCGACUUUGCCACCAUGCUGAAGAGUCACCCUGAAAUCAAGCACUACACUCGCUGGAAGACGGCGCGUCCCAUCAUCGAGGGCGAGACCAUCUUCCGUUCCACCAACAACGAUGAAGAGCGCCAUCAGUUGUUUGAAGACUACAUCCUGGAGUUGAAGAAGGCCCACGUCGAAAGCCAGGCCAGCCUCCGCAAGAGUGCCAUGGACGGCCUCAUCGACUUGCUGCCGAAGCUCAGCUUGGAGCCUUACACCCGAUGGUCUGAAGCCCAGAGUACCAUUAAGUCUACUGCACCCUUCCAGCAGGAGGCAAAGUACAAGACUCUUAGCGACUUCGAUAUCCUAACCGCAUUCCAAAACCACGUCAAAUUGUUGGAGCGCAACUUUAACGAGGCCCGCCAGAACCAGAAGAACAAGAGGCGCCGCGUUGAGCGAAAGCAUCGUGAUGAGUUUGUGGCUUUGCUUCAGGAGCUUCGCAAGGACGGGCAAAUCAAGGCAGGCACCAAGUGGAAGGAGAUUCACCCUUUGAUCGAGAAUGACGAGCGCUACAAGCAGGCUUGCGGCCAGUCGGGCUCGACUCCCAUUGAUCUCUUUUGGGACAUUGUGGAAGAGGAGGAGCGUGCCCUUCGUGGCACCAGGAACGAUGUUCUUGAUGUUAUGGAUGAUAAUCGUUUUGAGUUCACCCCCAAAACAACCUUUGAUGAGUUUCUGGCUGCCGUCAAGAAUGAUCGGCGGACUGCUAACAUUGAUCGUGACAUUCUCACGCUAAUUUUUGAACGGCUCCGAGAAAAGAAGGCAAAACGAUCCGAUGACGAUAAGCAAUCUGAACGUCAGCAGCGACGCGCUUUUGACGACUUGCGUUCUUACAUCAAGCAUAUGGAUCCCCCCGUCCUGCCAGAUGAUACAUGGGAAAAGGUACGGCCUCGAAUUGUGCGAGCCCCUGAAUUCCAAGCAGUUACCUCGGAGGACUCCCGGCGUGGCGCCUUCGAGAAGGUGCUCCGUCGUGUACAAGAUCGGGCGGAGGAAGAUAGGGACCGUCCUAAGCGUCGGGAGCGAUCUCCCGAUCGUGGUACGUACAGAGAGAAAGACAGAGGAGACAGAUCUCACCGCAGCGACCGCACACGUCCGUCACGCCAUAGUCGCAGUCCCGAACCAGAUGCGUACGAAGCCGACCGUCGCAAGGCGAUUGCAGAACGGGAGAAGAACUAUCAUUAUCGAUCCCGACGCGACGAUUAUGCUCGCGAGCGACGUGAUCGCGAGGAGGAACGCGAGCGAUUAUACCGUCGCCGUGUUGAGCGCGGACCUGUUGACGAACUGCCUUAUGGCGACGAGCGACCCUCGUCUGCGCGCCGCCGUAGAGAGGAUGACGAUGACUACGACCGUCGAGACUCGAGAGACUCCAAGCGACUCAAACGAGAACGCACUCCUCGUGAGCGUUCACCACCACGUGAGGCUCGUCACAAAACACGAACGCCACCACCCACUGUCCCUCCUCCUAAGGAAGAUCCUGGCGUACACUCCGGUAGUGAGGAGGGCGAGAUCGAGGAAGACUAG